CUCAUUCUUGGGACAUGCCUGACCAGCAGACAGCAGCUCCAUGGUAGACGAGAGCCCCGGAGGAGGACCGUUCUGCCGCCAUCUAAAGAUAACACUGAGGAGGCCUCCCACUCUCCUCUGAAGCCGGCCCCAGCCGUCAGCCAGCUGGUGGGGACCCAGGCUCCCUCACUUGCUGGCCCUUUCAACCCUGGUCCUCCUGUAGGGCAGAAGCUCCUCUCCCUGCCUGUGUGGGUUUGUGUUCCUUCAGGAAGUCUAAAGCCUUUCACGCUGGGACUUAGCGCGGGGCCACCAUGGGGUCUGUGCAUUUCAGAAGUCACAAGGCAGAAGCCCAGGUGAUGAUGAUGGGCCUGGACGGGGCAGGCAAGACCACCCUCCUGUACAGACUGAAGGGCCACCAGGAAGUGGAGACCCUGCCCACCAUCGGUUUCAAUGUGGAGCCUCUUGAAGCUCCUGGGCAUAAGUCGGUGAUCCUCUGGGACGUUGGGGGCCAGGCUCAGCUCAGGGCAAGCUGGAAGGACUAUCUGGAAGGCACUGAGGUGCUGGUGUACGUGCUGGACAGCACCGAUGAAGCCCGCUUGCCUGAAGCUCUGGGUGAGCUCAAAGAAGUCCUGAAGGACCCCCACAUGACGGGUGUCCCUUUCUUGGUGCUGGCCAAUAAGCAGGAGGCCCCGGACGCCCUCCCGCUGCGGGAGAUCCGAAGGAGGCUGGGCCUGGAGUGCUUCGCGGACCGCGGCUGGGACCUCCGCGCCUGCAGCGCCCUCAGCGGCCAGGGGCUGCCCGAGGCCUGGAAGAGCCUGCAGGCUCUGCUGAAAUCCCGCGGCCGCCUGUGUCUCCAGCUCAGAGGCGGUGGGGCCGGGCACAGGGACCACAAGAAACCCUGACCAGGCCGGAGCAGCUGAUCUUGGCUCCUGUGAACCGGAAGAAGCAGCUGAUCCUGGAGCAACUUGAGCUCCGUUGGUCAAACCAGAAGUCUUUCUGUUCUCCAGCAGGAUGCUCUCUUCUCGGGACUCAUUUUCAGUGGUAUUUAUGUUGAGAAAUCUUUGAAUAACAAUUUUAUCCUUUGAAUAAUGGUACCCUAAUAAGAAAAGAAAACCCUCAGCAUGUUUCAUUGAAUAGCUCAUUAUCAAGUGUGAAUGGAGCCACAAGUGGUCACAUAAAGGGAGAUGGAAGUUCAAUAAAAGGGAGAAGUUUCAAGAUCAAAUUUGAGUAUCAUCUGGACACAUUUGCCGUCAUUAUGAGUGAUUUUCCCUGAUGGCCUCUGGGUAUGUGCCACUAUCCUUCUUGGUUCAGGUAGCCAGAGCAGGUGGGUUGGCUGCCACAGAACCUGCAUUAUAGAAGUUCACUGGGGCCCCCAGCCCUAAGCAAGCAGUUGUGAAUUAAGGGCUUCCAAAAUCCACCCUCCUUUAAGACCCAGUGGCCUGGGAGGCUGAGGCAGGAGGAUCUCAAGCUCAAAGCCAGCCUCAGCAACUUAGUGAGGCCCUAAGCAACUCAGCAAGACCUUGUCUCGGGAAAAAAAAAAGGAUGGGGGCCAGGGGGUGCUGGGAUAUGGCUCAGUGGUUAAGCACUCCUGGGUUCAAUCCCCAGUUCCAAAAAAAAAAAAACAAAAAACAAGAAACAAAACAAAACAAAAAGGCAAAGGAGCUUUUAGAUGUGAACCAAGUGUUUUAGA